GAGAGAGAGAGAGAGAGAGAGAGAGAGAGAGAGAGAGAAAGGGGAGAAAAUAAUAAAUGAUCAGUCUGUGAGAGACGGACAGAAAGAGAGAUGCUGUGUGUGUUGAUGGUGCUGUGCUGGUCGUGGGGUGUGUUGGGGUACGGGCGCGGGGGGCAGAAGGACUCAUCGGGGGCAGGACUGUGCCCUUCUCCGUGUCAGUGUGAGGAGGAUGGUAUCUUUGUUCUGGCGGACUGUUCUGAACUGGGACUAUCAGCUGUACCUGACAACCUCAGCCACCUAACUACUUACCUGGAUCUUAGCAUGAACAGCAUCAGUGAGCUGCAACCCAGAGUCUUCCACAGCCUGCACCUGCUGACAGAACUGCGUAUCUCAGGGAACCGGUUAAGGUACAUCUCUGGCCUCGCUCUCCAUGGUCUACACAAUCUCAAAGUGUUGAUGCUUCAGAAUAAUCAGCUGGAAAGACUUCCCAAUGACAUUCCAUGGAAUCUACCCAACCUGCUGUCUCUGCGUCUGGAUGCUAACCUGUUAUCUGAGGUGCCUGCGCGGUCACUAGGUGGUCUUAGGUCUCUAAGACACCUGUGGUUGGAUGAUAACAGUUUAACAGAGAUCCCUGUCUCUGCUCUGGACUCUCUGCCGGCCCUACAAGCUAUGACCCUCGCUCUCAACCAUAUCACUCACAUACCUGACCAUGCAUUUAGCAACCUCUCAUCACUGGUCGUACUUCAUCUCCAUAACAACCAGAUCCAGACGAUGGGAGAGAGGUGUUUCCAAGGUUUGCUCAGUCUGGAGACACUGGAUCUGAACUACAAUGAUCUACCAGAGUUUCCUACAGCCAUCAGGACCCUGGAAAAGCUUCAGGAACUUGGGUUCCACCACAACAACAUCAGAGCAAUCCCUGAGAGAGCCUUCAUGGGAAACCGCCAGCUACAGACCAUUCACUUCUAUGAGAAUCCCAUCCAGUCUGUGGGAAGAUCCGCUUUCCAGUUUUUACCUAAGCUCCAUACCCUCUCCCUAAACGGGGCGACCCAGAUACGAGAUUUCCCCGACCUGAAAGGAACCACCAGCCUGGAAACACUGACAUUGACCAGGGCUGGUCUCUCUACUCUUCCUCAGCGGUUGUGUCAGCAGCUACUCCGCCUCAGAGUACUCGAGCUGUCUCAUAAUCAGAUAGAGGAUCUUCCCAGCUUCUAUCACUGCUCUGCCCUGCAGGAAAUAGGCCUGCAGUAUAACCACAUUAGGAGGAUUGAGAGGAAUACCUUCCAGCAGCUCAGCUCUCUACAGUCUCUAGAUCUCAGCUUCAACAGUAUUGAGUGGAUUCACCCUGAUGCCUUCAUUUCGUUCCAUUCUCUGACCAAGCUGGACCUGAGUGAGAACAGUCUUACAUCACUUCCUGUGGGUGGUCUGGGGGGACUGACCCAUCUGAAGCUGAAAGGAAACAUGGAGCUCUAUGAGGACUUCAGCCCUGAACUCUUCACCCGCAUGAGGGUGGUAGAGAUGCCGUAUGCGUACCAGUGCUGUGUCUACGGGUCAUGUGACAGCUAUAAGCCCAUCAGCCAACCGGAGACUGAGCAGAGCAGUGAGGAGGAGGAGCUAGACCAGAGGACCGUCGCCCUAUACCCCAUCCACACAGACACACUCUAUGACCAAGACCAGGAGGAUCUCCAGAUGGAGAUACAGGAAUCUAAACUACAGACUAACAUCCAGUGCUCACCUGUACCAGGUCCGUUCCGGCCAUGUGACUCCCUGCUAGGCAGCUGGUUGGUCCGUGUGGGUCUGUGGUGCGUCUCCAUCGUGUCUCUACUUGGGAACUCUCUCUUGCUGCUGUCGCUCUUCGGUUCGGCGGGCUAUCUCUCCCCGCUGCGGUUCACCACCGCCUGCAUGGCCGCUGCCAACCUCCUAACCGGCGUAUGCACAUGCACGCUCGCCCUCGUGGACGCCCUCACGCUGGGAGAAUUUGGACGCCACGGCGCCCGCUGGGAGUCGGGUCCCGGUUGCCAGGUGACGGGGUGGGUGUGGGUGUUUGCGUCCGAGGCGAGCGUGCUGCUGUUGACCCUGGCAGCCGUGCAGUGUGGCAUGAGCGUGACGUGCGCACGGGCCUACGGAAAGGCGCCCUCACACGGGAGCAUCCGUACGUGCGCGUUAUUCUGCCUCACCCUCUCUCUCACCCUGGCAUCCCUCCCUCUGGUCAAUGUGGGAGAGUACGGUUCCUCCCCUCUCUGCCUGCCCUCCCCCUUGCAUCCCCCCUCCUCCCAUCCACCCUCCUCUCUAGGCUUCCCUCUCUCUCUGAUCAUGAUGAAUACUUUGUGUCUGCUGAUAGUGACAGUCUCCUACAUCCGUCUGUACUGGGAGCUGCUGAGAGGAGAGUGCGAGGGGCUGUGGGACUGUAGCAUGAUUAAACACAUCACCUGGUUGAUCUUCAUCAACGGUCUCCUCUACAUCCCAGUGGCCUUCCUGUCUCUCUGCUCCCUGCUGGGACUGCUUUCUCUGGGGGAGGAAGUGCUGAAGUCUGUCCUGCUCCUUCUACAACCUCUCCCCUCCUGCCUCAACCCACUCCUCUUCCUCCUAUUCACCCGAGACCACACCCACUUCUUGUUCUGGCCACAUCCCAAGGCACGCCCCCAGUUAUACCGGGACCGCACGCUUGAAGACUCGCUGGUCUCUGUGGACACAGAGAAGAGCUUGUGUUCUGAUUUAUCGACGCAGGUGUCACUCGCCGAAGCAGACGCCCUCUACGGUGGAAGCGCCGCCCUUCAACCCCGGAUGGAUCCAAUCAGAUUAUCCCACUGCUCUUCUUCCUCCUCCUCCUCCUCGGUUCCUCUGAUCCCGUGUCAGACACCUUUCCCCAGCCUAAGCGAAAGAGAGAUGGAGAGUGAAAUAGAUAUGGAGAGCGAGAGGGAGGCAGAGUGGUAAGGUAUGAAUCACUAAACUACAAUGGGACACAAUCUCAGUUGUCAAGCACCGCUGGCUGGGACCCUACGAGACAUUAUAAACCAACACAUUCCCUACUGCCUCCCUCCUCUCUCCUUCCUUCCCUCUCUCUCCUUCCCUUCCUCCCUCCUCCCCUCCUCUCUCUCCUUCCCUCCCUCCUCUCUCCUUCC